AGUUUAAUCAGAGGGAGACCAUUAUUGUUGCCCCAUAACAGCGCAGUAGGCACUAAAUUAAAAAUCAUCAAGUACGCUAAACUAAGCAUUUCAUUUUCCUCAGAAAACGUUAUCAGAUUCGUCUUACACAAAGCCACAAAAAAUAUAAAAAAUUUCUUGUUAAACGAAAAGUUUGGUUUAUUUUCAUGGAUAUUUUUAGAAAAUUCUCGAAGAUCGCCUGGCGUCCCUCGAUGCAGGUGUUUCGGUCCUAUUGUGAUACCCCCAUGCGCAAUUUAAUCACAUUCCCCAUUGCUGAAAUCCAAGAGGGGAAAUCCAAGUACAUGAUGGCUUACGUCUAUAUUCACGGUGAAAUGGGUAACGCCAAAAUUGUAAUCCGUAGCAACGCCAGAGCCAAGUACCACCUCGACGUCUACGACGAUUUACAAAAGGAGGCAUCGAAGAAGGGCUUGUGCACUCAAGGACUUGGCGGUGGUUAUAUGAUCCACGACACGGAAAAGAAGUACAUGAAGCUCUAUGGCCGGUCCCAGACCCUGGGCAAGGCCGAUCACGAGAAUGCCCGUGAAGUACUUCAGCCCCGAUAUGCCGACCAUAAGAUUGACGCCGAGUCUGGCGGCAUGGAGCCCUGAGUAACACUUUAAGAUUUGGAAUUAUUACUUUCGGAAUUGGGGAAUGAAGUAUUCCGAUUUUUUUUCCUAAAUUCUAGAAAUACUUUAAAGUGUUUAAUUGAAAUUUCCUUAGUAAAUAAUUUUUGAGACAAA